AGGGCUUUUUAAGCUCUUGACCAGGGAGUGCUCUCCACCUCAUCCUGACACAUCGGUCCUCAGGAGAGAACUGCCUUAGACUUCUCCAAGCCAGGGUUUUCUUCCCUUUGCAAGAAGAACACCAGAUACCUUGGAAUUAAGAGAAUGAUCAAGGUGAAGAACAUCUAACCAGUGGGAGUUGGUGCAAUCAGACCCUUCCUUACGGAUUGUGGGCACACUUCUACCAGUAAACUGUCUGUUUGGUUUGAUUAACAACCUCUGAAUUGCUGUAAGAAUCUGGUGAAUGAUCUUUGGUUGAAGAAUUGUCACCAAAACCUGGGUGCAAAUUACAAACAGCAGAAUUUUCCACUUCAAGAAAAAAGGGAAAGAAACAGUUGUAGAUGACCUCUACUUGAGCUCAAUGUUCUUUACAGUGUCUUGGGUGGACUCUAGGAUGCCAGUGCUGCUGGCCAGCCUUCUGUUGCUGAUCUCCAUGCAAAGGCUGGCUGUGUCCCACCUCAUGAUGGAUAUGGCUCUGCAUUCCUUUGAUGACCAGUACCUGGGAUGCAGAGAGCAGGUGAUGGAAGAACUGGAGCGAGGAGACUAUUUCCAAAAGGAAAUAGCUGCUAACAAGGACUAUUUGAGUCUCUGGAAGAAGGCUCAGGAAGCUUUGUUAAAAAGCCCUGUAGGUCUCCUGAGGGAGAUGCAUGAGAGCCAUGCCAUAGUCCUCAUGGCUUACACCAUGAACUCUUCCCUGCACUCUCAGCUGAACUGGGCCACAUCUACGGCAGGAAGCUCUCCAGAGCACUACAGACACAACUUCAGUUUCAAAUAUUUUCACUUUUACCUGACGACUGCUAUCCAGAUAAUGAAGCAAUGGCAGAGCAGCAAGGAAAGCAUGGGGAAACGUAAGUGCUACCGGGUGCACAGGGGUGUGAAAGACUUACAUAUUGAGGCCAUGGUAGGUAGCAGGGUGCGAUUUGGCCGUUUCACUUCCACCUCCCGCCUCUGGAAUGAAGCCCGGAAGUUUGGGAAUGAAACUUUGUUCACGGUGACAACUUGCCUGGGAGCAGCUGUGCAAGGCUUUUCUCACUACACGUCUGAGAAGGAAGUCCUCAUUCCCCCUUACGAGAUAUUCCUCGUCAAAAGCUUCUUUCGGACACAGCACGGUAACCGGCUGCAUCUGCAUUCCAUGGGGAACUACAGCAAGUACCAGUGCCAGCUCGUGGCAGCUUCGAGAAGCAAGAACAGUGGUUCCACUGCCCUCGCCUCUGCUGUUCUUCCUAGCGUAGUUGGAGUUUUCCUGUGCUUGGCCCACAACGACUGAUUCUCUGGCUGCAUCUAGAUAUAUACACUGGAACAGCGGGCAAGAAGAAUUUGCAGGAAAUGAGUCUCUGGAGUUCCUGUUGUUACAGAAGUUUCAAUCCUGCCUUUGCUUUCAGCUGCAGCUCUCCAGCUGAGAUUGGAACAUUCAGCAUCAUUUAUCAAAACAGGUGUUCCCUGGACCCAUUCAGGUAGGAGGGCAUUAUCCAUGGCCUUUCUGAAGAGUAGAGCAGUGACACCCUUCACUGUAGGCAGCUUUUCCCUUAGGCAUUCAGGUAAGACACACAUGGACUUUGGACUCUUUACAGAUCUCUUAGUAGCUUUAUUUUUAGUGAGAAAGAGUCUGUCUGUGGGAUGCAAAAGGCACCAUGGUGGUAAAGUUGAGCGGGUAAGUGUGCAGCCUUGCAUAUCUCCUUUGAGUGCAGGGUCCCAGGGGACAGUAAAGUCAGAGGCUGCUGCACGGCGGUCUUUCCCCGCUGCGUGACCUCCUGCACCAAAGCCAUAGCUCUCAUCUCAAGCUGACUGUCAGCAUCUCGCACACGGGGGACGGAAGCAUGAAGCUGCCUUGAGACAUGAACUUAGCAGCAGAGGAUCACAAGACUUGUCAGGCCUGUCUUCAGCUUUCAUGCUUGACUUCAGCAUUUUUUCUGAAAAAGUCAGGCAGAUCCUGUGUUCAUAACAGUACUCUAGUGGCUGAUGAAUACAUGCUGGUCAUUUUACACCAAAACGAAGGAGAGCCUGUGAGCCCACUGCUGUCUUCUUGGGUGUUGGAUGUGACUGAAAUUCAGUUACCUGCCUUUCUACUUUGCUGGUCCGCAAUGUCUAAUGCUGGAGGUUGAAUGAACAUCACAAAUUGGAACUGGAACUUCUGGUUUAGCUAUAGACUCCUUUCACUUUAUGCGUUCAUUUAGCAGUUCUGGAGCCUUAGACACUCAAGCCAGAACAGCUAUGAAGUUCUCCCAUCUCCAAAAAGUAAGUGUGGAAAUUAUAAGAAACAUUUUCUGCCUGCAAUUCCCCUUUCCAACAUGCCUUGCUUGCUUCUUCACCCCCCGUCCCUCACCCCCACUGACACUAGCCCUGGGCUGAGGCUACAGUCAGAGCGGUUAUCUCACUGGUCCAAGGAGACUAGUCAUGGUGAUUUAACUUUGCAGUGGAGUCACCAAAUAAUUGAACUGAAACUCACUGACACAUUUCACAAAUGACCCCAGCUUUCAGCCACUGCUGAUCUUGGCAGGAAGCUGGAGUUCUGUACUCACCAGCCCCUGUGCAAAACAGUAAGCUACAAGCAAGCUAUCCGAACAAGAUCUGAACAUGAGGGCUGCACAAGUUGCCCAUCAGCUGGUUAGCCAAAAGUAAGGACAGCCAAAAUCACCUGUGUGAACUGCUGGACUCUCGGAGCAACUCCAUAUAAGCUUGGUGCUGGCAUUCCUUUGGAAAUCCUGUGGCAAGGAAUGCAGAAUUUAGGCACCGGAGGAAUAUUAACAUUAGAAAGGUAGGCAUUUCAGGAAUUUGGAUGUCUUCAGGUUUUAGCAGAUUAAAUGGAGGAUUUUGAGGCUCAGCGUCUUGUGUGUCAGAUUUAGGCAUCUGUAAUGCAGAGGCCAUCCUCUCAUCAUCUAAAACCUAGUAACAUGUUCUGUGAAACUGAACUACUGCCCCUGAAAUCCUGAGACAUGCUUGCCCAGGCAGCUAAACCAGAUUUAAUACAGAGCUAUUUUACUAUUAGCUUGUUUUCUAUUUAUAUUUCAUGUUACUUUCUUGUUGCUCUUGGCUUACUAGUGAUUUCAAAUAAUAAGUUGUCAGAACUUGAUUUUGCCCCCUAAAUGCUCAAAGAUACUAAGCCCAGAUUUCAAAAAAGAUGAAAAGACUAGAAGCAGCUGCUGCAGAUGCUCUUGUACGUGUGUUCAAAGAUGCUUAAACUCUUUCCUAUGUAAGAAUUACAGGAAUCAAGAUGGAUUUCUGACACAUCA